AUGGUAUUUUUGUUUUUCUGCUAUAGAUAUUUCACCAACAUAAACCGACUUCAAUACCCUUCCGAGGUUAUGCAGCAUACACUAACGUUUCAAAAGAGCUUUGAUAAUGCUUUUCAUGGAAAGAAUUGUUCAGACACUCUGUGUGUUCUGCCACAAUGCGUGAACUUUAAGCUGCAAACUAGGCAUAUCAAUACACUUCAAAAAGACAAACAAAGAAAUUGCACCGGCAGGGACAUGGCUCCUUCGGACGUAGCUGUGAACAUCCGAAAGAAUAAUGAUGGAGACAAGCUGAUGUUCCUGAAUCAAGCCAUUCUGGACCACGAUGCAGAAAAACAGCUGCUAGAUGACAUUCAGGAGUUUGAGAGGAUCCUUGAGGGACAAAUGGCUGACUUUGGACCUCAUCCUGGUUUUAGCCGAGAUUUUUAUGAGAUUGAUGAGCAGAACUCUUCGCCAUCUUACACCGCUCGAGAGGGUUGUCAGGUUUCCACACAGACACACCCGCUGCCCUCUUACUCUUCAAAAGACGAUGUUCAGUUUCCUCGACAGAUACCAGCCAAGGAGGCAAGAAAACACCAACGAGAGCCCCCUGAGUAUGACACCUUAUUUGAUAGGGGAGGUGCUACUUUCAAAGAGCCCUCUAAUCCCAAAAUGAUACAUAGUACAGAAUCUAAUCAAGACCCUAUCUUUCUUAAUUAUUAUGAACAGUUUACGUCAACAGAUGAAUCUGCUCACCGGCCUAUGAAAGAAUCCCAAGGAAGGAGUACUGCCAAACGGACUCGGACAGAUUCCGAGACGAUUACCUUGCCCGUAUCAACUACUAACGUGGAAAAGACUGCCUGCCACAUCCUGGGCACAACAGAACAACUUACUUGUAUGCAGCGCAAACCAUCCCAGAGGGUAUUUGGAAUCCUUUCGCAGAUAUUACAUAUGUUUGAAAAACCCACGUCAGCAGAAGUUGAAGCAAUUUUCGUUCACGUCCUUCAAAAGGCACUCAGAGACAUACAAAGUGCAGUCAAGCGGGAUAGCAUUAAGUUUGUCUACUUUAGACCUGGAACCAGCUUGUAA